AUUAUCUACGGAAGAUGAUAUUAUAAUAGUACUGUAGUUUGCAUUCUCAAAAUUUGUCAUUGAUAAUCAUAUAAUACGUCUAAAACUCAUUAAGAAACACAAAAUUCCAGUUCAUUUAAAGAUAAUACGGAGCUAAAUACAGUUGACCCUCAAGUAACACUCUUAUUAAUAGCUGGAUAAUUUGCCGGAGAGUACUUGCAUCCGUUCUCUUUAAAAUGGCUGCUCGAAAAGUGAUCUUUAGUGUUUUAUGUUUAGUGAUUUAUUUCACAUGUUUGGUAUCUUCGGCUAACAUUAGGGACUGUGGAUCGAAAGAUGGAUCGAUAAUUAAAGUUGAUAUAGAGGGGUGUGAUAAUGAAGCACGGUGUCCACUAGUCAGAGGCCAAAAUGCAACAUUGACAGCCACAUUUAAAUCAAAUGUUACUUCAAAUACACUCAAGGCUGUAGUAUACGGAAAGUUGUCAUUUAUAAAAUCUAAAUUUCCCCUACCAGAUCCAAAUGCCUGUGAUUUGGGAGUCAAUUGUCCUUUGGGUCCGGGGCAAACUAAUACAUAUAUUGUGUCAAUUUACGUAAAGGAAAAUUAUCCUACACUAAGUGUUGAUAUUGAACUUCACUUGAGAGAUGACUCAGGACGAGAUGUCAUAUGUGCCCUUAUUCCAGCGGCAGUUGUUGCAGCAGUAGUAGACGAAGAUAAUGGGCAGCAGCUAAAAUGAAAGUUUCUCUUUUGAAACUAAUUUCUUAUUACCAGAAAAGUACUUUUAUCAUACAUAAUAGAAAUUUCAGACAGCAGCAAGUAAAAAAUUAUUUAUAUAUAGAAACACAUGUAAAUAAAUAUACUCAUCUCUGAGUUAAAUGAAUACUUCAAUUUUUUAAGUGCAUAUAUUUUGAAUUCCACAUCAACAUUUUUGUAAGAACGUCGUUUAUUCAAUAUAUGCGUACAUAUUU